AUGCAUACAGAACACAGUUUUAAAAAAUCAUACUUUUCCCUUUUGAAUAGAUGCAUGCAUUGCAACAAAAUAAAUGUGCUAAACCCGGUCUUAAAGUGCACCGGUUGUUCCAUGGUAAGUCACCAAAGGUGCUUGGAAAGAAAUCAGUACACCACUAACGAGCGUCUGAUGUUAGAAAAACGUAUUGUCAAAAACCAAAAAACACCAGUGAAAAUCAAGUACAACGAACUUGGGGAGCUUCUAGAACCCGAUUACCUGUAUAAUAUGUUGGUAAUAGAAAAACGACACCCAAUAUCGUUGAUGUCAGGGGAAUACCUGAAAGCAAGGCAUGCAGAACACGAAUCCUUGUUUUCUGCCAUUCGGGCACGUGAUGUUUUGGAAUCGUAUACCACGGAGCCGAUGUCGAGAAGAUCCGGUCGGGAACCUAAUGCUACAGUUACAGUAACAGUUACAGAACCAGAACAAAUUACAUUAAUGUCUACACAGGAAAUGAGUGCAGAAGCGCUAGAACCAUUAGUCCCUGCAGCGCCGGACACUAAUUUAGAGGAACAUGGACGACGUUCUGUGUCACUAGAAGUCUGUGAAGGUGCACCAGAACUAGGUGCAAGUACACCAGAACCUGGGAGUGCUAGAUCUCCGGAACCAAAUUCGGUGGCAUCAGAACCUGGUGCAGUUAAACCGGAACUCAGUGAACCAGUUUCAGAACUGAGUGUAACAAACCGGGUAUAGAGGAUAGAUGAUCAGAAAUGAAUACAGCCUGCACAUUUAACUAGGUGCCUAGUCGCCAUAAUAGUUUGUAUUACCUACUGUAUUAACAAAUUAAAAGUCGUAUAACCACUGAACAUUUUCGGAAGUUAACGUUUUUAGAAUAAUUAUAAAAUUGUUUAUACACUACUACGGAUUUAGCAAAGCCGCUUUACUUAACGUGAAUACUGACAAGUGUGAAGCAAUAACACGUGACUACGUGAGAAAUUUAAUAAAACCUCCGAAUAAGAUAGGUAUUUAAAAUGUAUUUUAUGAUUGUCCUUUUAGAUAUAGGUACGCACAUCAAUAGAUAUUGCACAAUAUGCACUCUGCAGUGUAUAAUAAUUAAUAGCUUAAUUUGUCUUACGGUAUAGUCGCACAUUAUUUUACCGAUCGUUUUCC